AUGCCAUUAGUUGAUCACAUAGAAAAUGGAGAGGAUACGAUUAGAAUUCUACUAACGACUGACAAUCAUGUUGGUUACUCCGAAAAUGAUCCUAUACGAGGAGACGAUAGUUGGAAAUCAUUUGAAGAAAUUACCCAAAUUGCCAAAAACUCAGAUGUGGAUAUGAUGAUUCAAGGUGGUGAUUUGUUUCAUAUAAAUAAGCCCUCAAAAAAGUCAUUGUAUCAUGUCAUGAAAUCUUUAAGAAAUAAUUGUAUGGGUGAUAAACCAUGUCAGAUAGAAUUAUUAAGUGAUCCAAAAUCAUGUCUAUCUAAUGGUGUUGACGAAGUUAAUUAUGAAGAUCCUAAUUUAAACAUAUCUGUCCCUGUAUUCGCUAUUAGUGGAAAUCAUGAUGAUGCGACUGGAGAUGGGUUACUAUCAGCAUUAGAUGUUUUAGCUAUUUCUGGUCUAGUCAAUUAUUUCGGUAAAGUCAAAGACACUGAGUCUAUUACAGUGAAACCUAUAUUAUUACAAAAAGGAACUACAAAAUUAGCAUUGUAUGGAAUGUCAAAUGUUAGAGAUGAAAGACUACAUAGAUUGUUUCGAGAUGGAGGAGUUAAAUUUGAAAGACCCAGUGUUGAUCUCGAUGAUUGGUUUAACUUAUUUGUCAUACAUCAAAACCAUGCCAUGCACACUUUCAAAUCAAGUAUUCCUGAAAAUUUUCUUCCUCAUUUUUUGGACUUUGUAUUAUGGGGUCAUGAACAUGAAUGUAUAAAUCAUCCAGUACACAAUCCAGAAACCUCAUUUGAUGUUUUACAAGCUGGUUCAUCAAUUGCUACAUCUUUAUCUGAAGGUGAGGUCGCAGAUAAAAAAGUAUUUAUCAUGAAUAUAAAAGGUAACGAUUAUUCAAUUGAACCAAUUGAAUUGAAGACUGUUCGUCCAUUUGUACUCAGGGAAAUAGUUUUACUGAAAACUGAUUUAAUUCCUGGAGCAGCUUCAAAAGCUGAUGUUAUUGCAUAUUUAAUUGACGAGGUUGAAAAAUCAAUUGAAAAAGCUAAUUUAUCAUACAAAAGAAGUCAUCCAGAUUUAGCAGACGAUGCUAAGAUUCCAUUACCUUUAAUUAGAUUACGAGUUGAAUAUAGUGGUGGUUAUGAAAUUGAAAACGUACGUAGAUUUUCAAACCAAUUUGUUGGUAAAAUUGCAAAUGUAAACGAUGUGGUUCAAUUUUACAAGAAAAAGGCAUCCUCGAGUGCGCCAAUCUCCAAAAAGACUAGGUUCGAUGAAGAAUUGAUAGAAGAAAGUAUGAAUGAACGAACGAAUGAGAUUUCUUUGUCAGAUAUUGUCAGUGAUUUUUUGAAACAGACACAAUUAGCAUUAAUUCCUGAAGCUGGAUUGAAUGAAGCUGUGAAAAAGUAUGUAGACAGUGAUGAUAAAUAUAGUCUCGUCCUGUUUUUAAAAGAUGAAGUGUCAAAAGAAUCCAAAAAGUUACUAAGUAUUGAUAUUGAUGAAGACGAAUUUCACGGAAAAGAUGAAGAUGGUAAACAUGCUAGAAACGCAUUCAAACAAAUUUUAAUGCAAGUGAAAGGAAUAGAUAAUUCUGCUAUAAUUAAUUUGGAUGAUGGACCAAGCACCAAUAAAAAAACAACAAAGAAAAAAACACCAGUUAAAAGUGCCGAGAUAUUGGAUUCUGAAGAUUCUGAUGUUGAAAUUUUAGACGAUCAAGAGGUUGUCAAACCAAGAUCUAAAACUAGUAGAAGAUCCAAGUCACAAACACAAUCUUAUGCCGAAGAUGAAGAUCAAAUGAUUUUAAGUAGUGAAGAUGAAUACAAUCCUGAGCCAGCUAAAACAACAAGAGGCGGAAGAGGCGCUAGAGGUGGUAGAGGUGGUAGAAGCAGAGGAAGUAAAAGUAGUCGAAAAUAG